AUGCAAGUUGACAGACUGUUCGACAUCGAUGCGCGACUUGGUGUGCUUUCCACCGCUGUUGAGCUUGACAGAGAGAUAGGAUUAGAUUAUGACCAGGUAGAGGUGUAUGCCAUUGUGGUUGCUUUGCGCGGAUUCCGCAAGACCAUAAAACUAGGUGAGCGGAGAUUAAUUCUAAUUGCGUGCAUCAUCCUCGGUGGCGAACUCGUGCAAAUCAACGUGUUGGAUAAAAAUGACAGUCCUCCAUCAUUUGCUGAUUCCACGCUGACAUUCAGUGUCUCUGAAGAUUUGGGCCAGGGUUUCACCGUUGCGAGGAUCCAAGCCCACGAUCCAGAUUCCAUCGGAAAAUUAGAAUACUCACUGGUCUCGCCAAAUAUCACCGAGUUCACAUUGGAUGCAAACACAGGCGUCCUCAAGCUUGCGGAUACGUUGGACAGGGAGGCGCGAGAUAUCUACACGCUGACGGUGCGCGCCAGCGACGGCAUACAACACACCGAUGCCACGAUUACAGUACAGGUGACAGACACGAAUGACAAUCCACCUGCUUUCCUGGAGAACGCCUACUCGUUUGACAUACCGGAAGACGCACCUCGUGGCUACCGCGUCGGCGUCGUGCGCGCUGAAGAUGCUGAUGUCGGGAGCAACUCACAACUUACCUACACAGUUAUCUCCGACUGGGCCAAUGAUGUAUUUUCGCUCAAUCCACAGACGGGAGUGUUCACUCUUACCGCCAGACUAGAUUAUGAAGAGCCGUGGAGCUGGGGUAAGACUGAGAGACGCAACGGUUACAUCGAAUAUUACUUGAUUAACGACGCGGACCGCCCGAGCGGCGCGUUUUCUUUGGGGCCUGUGGAUGGGUUACUGCGAGUUGCUGGAAAAAUCGAUCGCGAACGCCAGAGUCGGUAUGUCCUACACAUCGAAGCGAAAGAUCGGGGUGACCCGCCGAGAAUUACAACUUCUGAGUUGGUUGUCACCGUUUUGGACGAGAACGACAAUAGUCCCGUGUUUGACCCGAAACAAUAUAGCGCCACUAUUGCAGAGAAUGCUUCAAUUGGAGCCAGUGUGCUUAUGGUCUCUGCAACGGAUUUGGACGAUGGUCUUAACAGUCGCGUGAGAUUUUCUAUAGUAAGCGGUGAUAAAAAUAGAGAUUUCUCCGUUGCUGAAGACACCGGUAUAAUCAGAGUUGCUAAAAAUCUCAACUUUGAACGAAAAUCUAAGUAUAUGCUCACUGUAAAAGCUGAAGACUGUGCGAGUGAUGUUGAUGGCGGCAUUGUCCGUUCUGAUCUAGCACAAGUUUCAAUCACAGUCUCUGAUAUAAAUGAUAAUCCUCCAACUUUCCUUGAUUCCCCAUACCUUGCAUAUGUAACAGAAAAUGUGCUACCACCCAAUGGAGGCUACGUUAUCACCGUGCAAGCAUUUGAUGCGGACACACCACCAUUCAAUUCCCUGGUGCGGUAUUUCAUCAAAGAAGGCGACACAGACAUAUUCAGGAUCAACGCAUCCACCGGCGAGCUGUCCCUUUUGCGCGCGUUGGACCGCGAGAUCCAGGGCGAGUACUCGCUGUCCCUCGUCGCCAUGGACACUGGUUCACCACCUCUAACAGGCUCAGGAACAGUAAAAAUCAUCGUGCAGGAUGUCAACGACAACACGCCUGAGUUCAAACGGCAAUCAUAUCGUGCAACCAUCAAGGAAAAUAGUCCUGUCGGGUCAUUGGUUUUAUCACCAACAGCAACCGAUAAAGAUAUCGGUUUAAAUGCAAAACUUCGGUAUAGUCUUCUCGGCGAUAAAGUUCAUCGCUUUAAGAUCAACUCAGUGACUGGUCAAAUUACCACCAAUUCUAAAUUAGAUCGUGAAGAGGAAGACUUUUAUCAUUUUACCCUCAUGGCUCAAGAUGGUUCUACGACAGAACCACGCGCUGUCACUGUGAAUCUCACUAUCAUCGUUGAAGAUGAAAACGACAACGCGCCAACAUUUUCCGCUAAUAAUUAUCAUGUAUAUAUUCCGGAUCAAAAUGGUGCUGAACAAUUCAUAUUUGGUGCUAAGGCAGUUGAUCUUGAAGGGGAAAACAGUAAGAUUAUUUAUAGAAUUAUGGGUGACAAUUCCAAUCUCUUUAAAAUCAAUUCGAAAACUGGUGUGAUCAAGACGAACACUAUCUUAUCAAAAACCGGUAAGGAAAACUUUGUGGUUGAAAUUGAAGCAAUGGACAAUGGGGUUGUUAAAAAAUCGGCUAGGACCAUGUUGCGGGUACAUCUAAAACCAUCAAAAUUGUUCCCUACAUUUUCUCCUUUAUCUGAUAAUCAAUUCAAGUUGAUGGAGAAUGUUGAAGAAGGUCGUACUAUCACUAGACUAAGGGCAACGUCAAAUAAAAAAGGUUCCGCUGGUAUUAUUCGGUACGACAUUGCUGGAGGGAAUAUUGGGGAUGCACUACAAAUUGACAAGGUCACUGGAGAGGUACAAGUUGCUGCGCAAGGUUUAGAUUAUGAAGCAACAGCCACAUACGAAGUAUGGUUUGAAGCGCGAGAUUCUGAUGAUCCUCCACUUAGGAGCGUAAUGAUGUUGACCAUCAACGUAACAGAUACAAACGACAAUCCUCCGAUAAUGACACGUUCAAUGUACAAUGCAACAGUGCUUGAAGAAGAAACACCUCCGUUGUUAGUUGUGAAGAUAUCCGCGACUGAUGUAGACUCGGAAAAUGGAGAAAUCCUUUACAAACUUAUUGACGAUUUUGAUGGCAUCUUUGAAAUAGAUGAAGAAAGUGGUGAGGUAUACACCAAUGCUAAAUUGGAUCGUGAAGAAACUCCUAAUUAUGAACUAAUCGUGGAAGCUAUCGACCAGGGAACUCCUCAAUUAUCCGGAACAGCAACGGUGGUUAUUAAUGUACUAGAUAAGAACGACAAUCCUCCACGUUUUACAAGACUGUUUAGUGUUAAUGUGACUGAGAACGCCGAGAUCGGUUCAUUUGUAAUCAAGGUGACAAGUUCUGACUUGGAUGAAGGUGAAAAUGCAAACGCUACCUACAGUUUAACUGAAAACCCAGGUGAUAAGUUUAAAAUUGAUCCAGCAAGUGGUAACGUGACAGUAGUAGGUAUGUUAGAUCGCGAACAACAAGACGAAUAUAUACUCAAGAUUUCCGCUGUGGACAGUGCGUGGAGAGCGGAGACUCCAUUAACAAUUACAAUUCAAGACCAAAACGAUAACGCACCGGAAUUUGAACACUCUUACUAUAGUUUCAAUUUUCCCGAACUACAACGUAAUAUUAUUUUCGUGGGUCAGGUAUCUGCCACGGAUAGAGACAAACAAGGACCUAAUGCAGUUAUUAGCUAUUCUCUUCAGCAACCAUCAGAUUUAUUCAGUGUCGAUCCAGCAUCUGGGGAAAUCUUUAGUAAGAAAUCACUAAAAUAUAAACACGCACAGUUUGAGCCAUCACCUGAGAAUGUAUACUCGUUAACAAUCCUCGCGACAGAUAACGGCAAGCCACCGAUGAGUUCAGAGUGUUUGGUUACAAUCAAUGUUGUGGAUGCAAAUAAUAAUGCGCCAAUGUUUAAACAAAAGAGUUAUCUGACAUCAGUCCCACAAGAUGUUGUACCUGGCCAGAAACUGGUGCAAACGAUAGCUGUUGAUGAACAAGAUUUUGGUAUUAACGCAGAAAUUGGAUAUACUAUUGUUGGAGGUAAUGGCAGUAGUAUUUUCGACAUUGAUCGAAACACCGGGUGGGUUACGCUGAAAGCAAACGUGCAUGGAGUUGGAAACACAUACAAUAUUAUUGUCAGGGCUACAGAUAAAGGUAUACCACCUCAAAUGGACGAAGUACCUGUCUCGUUAAUAAUUGCAGGAGAGAACACACAUUCUCCUGUUUUUACCGCAUUGAGGUAUCAAGUGAUUGUACCUGAAAACGAACCUUUGGGAUCAACUAUUCUUACAGUUAAUGCGGUUGACGCUGAUGAUGGCCCCAAUGGAUUGAUUCGAUAUGAAAUUUCUGGUGGUAAUGCAAAAUCAGAGUUUGCGGUAGAUGCCCAAACAGGCGCAGUCACCAUCUUGAAACCCUUAGAUUAUGACACUGUACAAGAGUAUCACAUAAACAUCACAGCCACAGAUUUGGGCUUUAUUUCUAAAAAGGCAACAGCAAUGUUGACCAUAACGUUAACUGAUAUCAACGAUAAUUCGCCGAUCUUUAACCAAAGUAUUUAUGAAGGUUACAUCUCAGAAAAUCAGCCUCCAAAGAGUUUCGUUUAUCAAGUGAAAGCUACAGAUAUAGAUAGUCUUAAGAACGCAAUCAUCAUUUACACAAUAUCUGGAGGGACUGGUAUGAAUGUAUUGACUAUCGAUUCUAAAACAGGAAUUGUCCGCACCAAAAUUGCUUUUGAUUACGAAGAUGUCAAGUUGUACACGUUAAACAUCAUUGCGUCAAACCCAGAUUCUCCAAUGUUUUCGUCAACUGUUCUCAGGGUUCAUAUAACAGGCGUUAACGAAUUUUAUCCCAGGUUUGUUCAACCAGUCUUUCAUUUUGAUGUGUCUGAAUCCACGGAUGUUGGAACUUCAAUUGGUCGGAUUCAAGCUUCUGAUCAGGAUGCUGGAGAAGAUGGAAAGGUUUAUUAUCACUUUGUUGGGUCUUCCAAUGACAAAGGUUUUGCAAUCAACUCGGCAACAGGCAUCAUAACAGUGUCACGAAAUUUAGACAGAGAAACUCAAUCCAGAGUUGUUCUUACUAUUCUUGCAAAGAACGGGGGUAUUCGUGGAAAUGACACAGAUGAAGCACAAGUUAUUGUCUCCAUUCAGGAUGGUAAUGAUCCACCUGAAUUUUUGAAGGUGUUAUAUGAAGCACAAAUAUCUGAAGGUGCUUCGAUUGGUUCCAAGGUAAUCAGCGUUAAAGCUGUUGACAAAGAUGUUCGACCGCAAAAUAAUCAAUUCAGUUAUUCAAUAAUUGCGGGUAAUAUUGACAACGCAUUUAAAAUAGAUCCACAAAAUGGCGAAAUUGAAACCAUGAACACUUUAGAUCGCGAAAAUAUUGAAUUGUACACUUUGACCAUUGGAGGAAUAGAUACAGGUAUUCCACCUCAGACAGGAACAACUACAGUGAAGAUACAUGUUACUGAUGUUAACGAUAACGGCCCUGUUUUUGACCCGUCACAAUUGGUCAGUAAGGUUUUGGAGAACGAACCACCAAAUACCAAGAUUACUGUUUUGUCGGCAAGAGAUCCCGACCUUCCACCAAAUGGUGCACCGUUUGCUUAUAAAAUAAUCGGUGGCAAGCAUCAUGACUUUGUACGACUAGAAAAGCAUACUGGUUUGUUAGUGACCACGAGGAUAAUUGACCGUGAAAUUAUCCCUGAAUUAGAUCUCAUUGUUGAAGUGGAAGAUAGUGGUAGACCUAAACAAAGAUCACAGUAUAAUUUCAAGGUGACUGUGUUGGAUCAGAAUGAUAGCCCAUCAAGUCCCCGGACAGCUCAUGUUUUAGUACAUUCAUUUAGGGGUGAAUACCCGAUUGGUAAGAUUGCUCAGGUGCAACCCAACGAUCCUGACAUCACAGGUGACUACAAAUGUAGAAUCGUACAGCGUGGCAAUUCGAUUGAAUCAAUUUUAAGCAUUCCAAGUGGUUGUAAUUUGUACACUAGCAGAGUAUCAUCCUCCAUGGGACAUUCCCUGUCGAUUGUGGGUAAUGAUGGGGUGCAUGGCGACGUAACUUCCACAAUUACCGUAGAAUAUAUCAACUUUGACAACGCAACUAUACAAAAUUCAAUAACAAUUCGGAUGGUUAACAUCACAGCCACGUAUUUUUUGGGCAAUUUCUACAAGAGUUUCCUGGAUGUUCUCAAGUCAACAUUUUCAUCUUCGGACCAAAUUAUUCUGUAUGGUCUCCAGGAACGUAAUAAAACUCUGGAGUUAUUUUUUGCUGUGCGGGAACCAACAUCUAAUGGUCUUGGGUACAAGUCGAAGUCAUUCAUUACAGAAAAGGUCCUGAAGAAACAAUCUGCUUUGAACAACCUCUUCCAACAAGAAGUUAAAAUUAAUUAUAAUCCAUGUGCAAGGAAUACCUGUGAACAUGAAGGGUUGUGUUCAGAAUCUAUAGUUAUCCGUCCACAGACCAAUAUAACAGAUUCUCCCAGUAUUAUUUUCACAUCACCACAAGUGGAACACGAAUAUAAAUGCCACUGCCGAGAGGGUUAUGACGGUUUGAACUGCGAACGUAAGCAAGAUCCAUGUCAACCCAAUCCCUGCAAAUCCGGUGGACAAUGUAGACGACAAGGAUUUGGCUUCCAAUGCGUUUGUCCAUCAAAUAAAGACGGCAAACUUUGUGAACUGGAACAUGGGGAUGUGUGUUCGGACAACCCAUGUAGGAAUGGAGGAUCCUGUAGAGGAAGUCCUGAUGGUUCAUCAUUCUUCUGUUUAUGUCGUCUGGGCUUCCGGGGAACUCAAUGUGAGACAUUAGUAGAUUCCUGUAGACCUAAUCCAUGUUUACACGGAGGGUUGUGCAUAAGUUUGAAGCCGGGUUAUAAAUGUGCUUGUACUGAAGGGCGGUAUGGUCGACAUUGUGAAACAUCUACGUUUGGAUUCAAGGAACUCUCGUACAUGACUUUUCCCACUCUUGAUGCAGCCACCAACGAUAUUUCAUUCAUUUUUGCCACAACUAAACCCAAUUCACUGCUGGUCUAUAACUAUGGGCUGCACACUGGUGGAAGGAGUGACUUCGUUGCGGUUGAACUGGUCAAUGCGGAAGCUGUGUUUUCUUUCGGUGGCGCACGUACGGCCAUAACCAGUGUGCGAACAAAAGGUAAAAACAAUAAUCUCGCUGAUGGCAACUGGCAUAAAAUUACAGCUACGAGAAAUGGGAAGGUCAUUAGUUUGAGUGUGGGUGCUUGUACUGAUCAGGGCGAUGUUUGCGAUGAGUGCAAACCAGGAGAUUCGUCCUGUUAUGCUGAUGAUAUUGGUCCAACUGGCACACUAAAUUUUAACAACAACCCUGUGAUAAUUGGAGGUUUGCCAAGCGCGGAUCCCAUUCUGGAGCGACCAGGUCAAGUCCAUUCUGAUGAUCUGGUUGGCUGCGUGCAUAGUGUCUCAAUCAACGGUCGCCAACUUAAUUUAAGCCAUCCUUUGGAAUCAUACGCUGUUGACCCCACUUGCGGGAGAAAGGGCACCUGUAAAACUUCUUCCGACACUUGUGGAGAGCAAGGAACUUGCUUGGAUCGUUGGCAUAGUACUAGUUGCAUUUGUGGUCAGAAUCUGUUAGCACCGGACUGUGAAUCAGCAUUGCAACCAAUAAGUCUUAGCAAUGGUGGCUAUGUGGAGUUAACUAUCAGUAAAAAACAUCGCAGGAUGCAACUCUUGGAAAAUCUCUACGGAGGAUCCACAUGGCAUAAUAGCAAACGUAGUAUUGACAAGAGAGCCGUACUUGUUCCAGUCAACAACGCUGUGCCUAUGAACACACCACCAAAACGAAUGAGUUUGCUUUUUAGAACUAUCCAACAAAAUGGUGUGUUAUUCUACGCAGCAAGUAACAAGCAUUACACCAGCUUGGAGCUUAGGGAUGGUAAAAUUGUCUACAUGAGUAAACAAAACAACAUUGUCAAUAUGUCUGAUGUUCAUCAUGUGAAUGAUGGCAAAUGGCACAAUAUUACUCUGUUUUCACACCACAGAGAGCUUAAAGUUUUACUGGACAAUCAAAAAAUAGGUGAUGUAUUGGACACAGCAGGAGUACACGACUUUUUAGAUCCAUAUCUUAAUUACCUCUCCUUGGGCGGAGUAGCAUCAAAUGUGUACUACAGCACGCACAGUACAAACAAGCAGUUUGAGGGUUGUUUGGUUAAUUUUACCGUAAACAACGAGAUUCAACCCUUAAACGGCUCUGGUAGCAUUUUUGCACAGGUUGUCUCGAAAGGAAAGAUAAUGCGAGGUUGUAAUGGUUUAAUUGGUCUGGGGGCAGUUGUUGCCCCUGAUCCUUUAAGUAUUGGUAUCACUUUAGUGAUCAUUUUCUUUGUGGUGCUAUUGGUUGCCAUUUUUGUCUCAUUCCUUGUAUUCCGAUUGCGCAAACAAAGUAAAGAAAAAAGUGGAGUCCCUGGCAGCCCAAGUAACAUCCACAGCAAACAAAAUGGCAACUCUACAGUCAUCAACUCUAAUGGUCUCUUGAACGGAGAAAACGUUUUGUCAAGAUCGUUACAUGUCAAUGAAUCAGCUAUGGCAUACCAUUCUGAAAACGGCGAUGUCAUUCGUGGAAUUGGUGGCCAUCCAAUCGUUGGUCCUGAAUUAUUAUCGAAGAAAUUUAAAGAAAGAGAUAUUAUGCCUGGAGAUUUACAAAGAUCUCAACGACCUGAUAUAAUUGACAGAGAAGUCCUCCAGAAGCCACAAUCUUUGAGAGAUUUGCCGCCGUCAGUGAACCAUAGCCAUGAUCACGUAUCCAACGACUUGAAUUCAGAAUUACCUGAACACUACGAUUUAGAAAACGCCAGUAGUAUUGCCCCAUCAGACAUUGACAUUAUCUAUCAUUAUAAAGGAUAUCGGGAAGCGGCCGGCAUGAGAAAGUACAAAGCUAAUCCUCUGCCAGGUUUCCAUCAUAAACACGCUGGAGCACAGGGUCAAGCACAACAUAGACACUCUCCGCACCAUCCCAGCAGUUUUCCAUCUCGUGGUCCACCUGUAAGUGGAUCAGGAUCAAGGCCUCAUCAAAGUACUCCUCUUGCCAGAUUAAGUCCCAGCAGCGAAAUGAGUGCACAACAGCCUAGAAUACUGACAUUGCAUGACAUCAGUGGUAAACCUUUACAGAGCGCAUUGUUGGCUACAACAUCUUCAUCAGGUGGCGUAGGUAAAGACGUUCUGCAUUCAAACAGCGAGCGAAGUCUUAACAGCCCUGUAAUGUCCCAACUUAGUGGGCAAAGUUCAGCGAGUAGAAAGGUUUCUGGGCCACCACCUGUGACACCAAACAACCCAGGCAUGAGUUUAACUGCUGAGGAGAUUGAAAGACUGAACGUCCGGCCGCGCACGUCAAGCCUAGUAUCAACCUUGGACGCUGUAUCAAGUUCAAGUGAAGCACCUAGAGGAUCGGUACAUAAUCAUCUAUCACAUUUACAUCAUUCUCCCAUACCAGAAACCCAUCACAGCUCAUCAACAACCGACGAAAGUGGAAAUGAUAGCUUUACGUGUUCGGAAAUUGAAUACGACAAUGCGUCGCUGGCAGGUGAUAAGUACAAACAGAAUGAGCCAGAGAGUAGGCGCAGCAAUAGCAGCAUUAGUAAUAAGAACAAUAUAGCGCCGCCAUCCUACGAUGGGUUUGAUUCAUCUUACAGGGGAUCGAUGAGUACUCUGGUGGCUAGCGAUGAUGAGUUGGGUGGACUCUAUCGACCUCCAACUGGUUCCUCCACGAAUACAGCGCUGGGUUGGGAUUAUUUGUUGAAUUGGGGACCCAACUUUGAAAGUUUAGCGGGUGUGUUUAAGGAUAUCGCCGAAUUGCCCGAUAAUGUAAACGGAUGCGUUUCCAGUUUGCGACUGACAAAUGCAAACAAACCUUCGGAGGAAUACGUGUAAGCUGUAUCAAAAGUGUAAAUUGAAAACGAAAUCGAAGUGACUCACGCCUUGUAUCAAGGUGCAGAAUAUGUGAAAUUGAAGACGAUUUCGUUUCUUGCCAUAUUAUUAUAAAAAUGUAUUAUUUUGUGAAUAUUGUCACGUAGCUCCUAAGUUCCUGUCAACGCCUACACCUACAUCUACCUAAAUAGUUUUAUGUUUCUAUAACUUGUGUGUAAAUAUUGUGUAUUUCGUUAGGUUAUUUGCAGUAGUGUAAAAGAAAAUGUAAUAAAUACAAACAUUUAAAAAAUUAA